CUGCUCUGCAGGAUACACACAACCAUGGCGACGACGCCGAUGAUUCCACCGCCGGCAGAUGGAAUCAUGGCUGCGCCGCCGCCGCCGGGAACAGACAUGACUAGCAUUUGCUUUCGCGAUCAGCUAUGGCUCAACACAUAUCCGCUCGACCGAAACCUAGUUUUCGAUUACUUCGCCCUCUCCCCCUUCUACGACUAUUCGUGCAAUAAUGAGCAGCUUCGGAUCCGCGCAAUUCACCCCCUCGACAUCUCUCACCUCUCGAAGAUGACAGGAACAGAGUUUAUGUUGAGUGAAGUGUUGGAGCCUCAUUUAUUUGUUUUUAAAAAACAAAAGAGGGAUGGACCUGAGAAAGUGACGCCUAUGCUGACUUACUACGUCUUGGAUGGAUCGGUAUACCAGGCGCCUCAGCUCUGCAACGUGUUCUCUUCUCGAGUUGGACGUGCGCUGUACCAUGUAUCGAAGGCAUUCAAUACUGCAGCAUCGAAGUUAGAGAAAAUUGGAUACGGGUUUGAAGUGGAGGAAAAGGGGCAUAGUGAAAAUGAUUUGAUUUACAAUGAAGGAUUUGUGAUGCCACAUGCCAAUUCCUUUGGCCAUAAUUUUAGGGAUUAUGAUGCUGAAAGUGAGAGGCAGGAAGGAGUGGAGAAUUUCUAUAGAACCAAUCACAUUAACCAGACUUAUGACUUUGUGAAGAGAAUGAGAGAAGAAUAUGGGAAAUUGGACAAGGUGGAAAUGAGCAUAUGGGAAUGUUGUGAACUCCUAAACAAUGUUGUUGAUGAGAGUGAUCCUGAUUUGGAUGAGCCUCAAAUUGAGCACUUGUUGCAAACUGCUGAAGCCAUCCGAAAAGACUAUCCCGAUCAAGACUGGCUACACUUGACCGGCCUAAUUCACGAUCUUGGAAAAGUUCUUCUUCACCCUAGCUUCGGGGAGCUACCUCAAUGGGCGGUCGUGGGAGAUACAUUCCCCGUUGGAUGUGCUUUCGACGAAUCCAUUGUUCAUCACAAGCAUUUUAAGGAAAAUCCAGAUUACAAUAACCCUACAUACAACACCAAGUUCGGAGCAUACGAGGAGGGUUGUGGGCUCGACAAAGUACUUAUGUCAUGGGGGCACGACGACUACAUGUAUUUGGUGGCUAAGGAAAACAAAUCAAGUCUGCCAUCUGCCGGCCUUUUCAUAAUCCGAUACCAUUCAUUCUACGCUUUGCACAGAUCCGGGGCCUACAAGCACUUGAUGAAUGAGGAAGAUGAAGAAAAUCUCAAGUGGCUUCAAAUAUUCAACAAGUAUGAUUUGUACAGCAAGAGUAAGGUGAGGAUCAAUGUGGAGGAAGUGAAGCCUUACUACCUCUCUCUCAUUGAAAAGUAUUUCCCAGCAAAAUUGAGGUGGUGAAGUGAAGAAGUGUUGGAAUCUUGUGAGAAGAGAGUGAUGGGAUUAGAUUGUAGAGUUUUUAAGGGGUAUUAAUGAAUUUUUUUUAAUAAAUGUAUUGUGUUGGUUUCAAUCACAGAGUAAUAUGUUGGUCUGUUGUUUGAGUUAAACUAAAAAAAUAGUGAUUUUGGAUGCCAAUAAUUUAAAGAUAUGCUAUAAAAAGAGCCGUUUCAAAUUGAUCAUAGUA